AUUAAUGUUGUAGCUACGUUUGAGUUUAUGAUGUACCUCAAAAUUGCUCGUAAAAUGUUCAGUUUUUGGAUUGAUGCGAAAGAAUUUACUGGAGCGAAGUGUUUAAGAUAUAAAGUGGGCUGAGUACCAAAAUAUGGACGGAGAAAGGAAAGGAAUUUCACAUUGCAACGACCUGUUUGAUUCACCAAAUACGCCCCAGGAGAGUCGUUUGUACGUCAGCCCAAUUGUGAUUCAGUUGCAACAAAGUGAACCAAAUAGUACAGGAAAUGUGUCGAAAUCGCUCCAUUCAACUUCUUCAAGCUCGAGUGUCGUAUGCAGAAUUUGCCACGAUGAUGACAAGACUGGAAUGUUAAUUUGUCCAUGUGACUGUUUAGGGGCACUAGGACUGAUUCAUAUUAGUUGCCUUGAAAAAUGGCUGUCAACUUCAAACACAGAUAAAUGUGAAAUAUGCCAAUUUAGAUUCAAAAUUGUACGGAAACCUGGUUCAUUUUCGCAGUGGUUGAAGAGCAAUGACAAAAUGGGAGCAAAAACAGUGUUGGGGGAUCUCCUGUGUCUUGCUUUACUUACGCCAUUAAGUCUUGCCUCCGUCUAUAUAUGCAGUUUUGGCGCCUUUAUAUAUAUGAGCCAUGGAGCAUGGGAAGGGGUAGGUCUUGCUGUGGUUGGUUGUUUCCUGCUGAUGGUAUUCCUCCUGUGGUGUGGCGUGACAGCAAGGUAUCAUUGGAAGCUGCUGAAGGAAUGGCAGAGGAAGUAUCAAACAGUUCAUGUUUUGUUAACUGGAAAGAAAACUCUCACUGAAUGUAUUGAAAAGCAACAUGCACCAGCAAACAGAAAUGCUACUCAUCAUGAAGAUAUUGAAAUGAGUGUCUUUGUAUGAUGGAUACUCUUUUGUAAUGUUAUUUAUUUUCUGCUGCUCUAUAUUUUUAAAUAUGUAUAUUUUUAAUUAUGUAUAUGGAAGUUACUAAUGUAAUGUAAUGUUGGAGGGUGGCAGAUUGUUUCAAAUAGUGACAUCAGGGAUCCAAGAGAUGUAAGAGCUCCUAAGGCAGCCAUUGCGUAUUGUUAAACUGAGCUCCAGUGCUUCUAAUAUUCUGUGCCUUGUGUUACACGGUUAACGAUUUUAUACAUUAAUAUACAUGUUAUAUUUUAUGAAGUGCCUUGGCUGUUGGUAUAAACAACAGCAGAUCACAGUUGUGUGUUAUUAUAGGUGAUGUCUGUUUUUAGACUGAUAAAUGUAAGUGAAAAAACCAGUAUUAAUGACAGCUUUAGAAGGUGUAAACAACUAUUUUGACUCUAUUUCUUUAACUUUCUAAUCAGUAAUUUUAGUGCCUUUUUAUGUCAUUCCUGUCUUAUGUAAGUAUUAUUACCAAUGUUGAAGUACAAAAUGUUAUAAAUGUCACUUACCUUCUCUAAAAAGUACUAAAAAUAUGAACAGCCAGGAAUUUUCAGAGUUACGAUAAGAGCACAAAGAAGUGUAACAGUAUUGCAUGCAAAUACUGUAAUAAUAUUCACCCACAUUAUUUUUAGUGUUUCAUCAUGUUGUGAUAAAUGUACACUAAUUUUUUUUUGUAAAUCUUUGAAAGAAUAGUGAUUUUAUGAACUAUGUUGUAUAUUUUUUUGUUGUGUAUCAGCUUCAAACCUGCAUUCUGUGUUGAGUGAGCGAGAAUUCCCUUUGUUUCCAUUUUCAGGGAAUUUUUAGUCUUGUAUUUCUGGAAGUUUGUGGUGCGGCAGCUGCUGCUGCUGCUUGUUGCUUCACUUUAUAAACUACAUGACAUAAUCACUAAUAAAUGAAAAAGUCCAUGUCUGAAACUGUGAGAAGAGUGCCUGAUCUUAUGUUAAUGCCUCUUCCAUGCAUUCUUUCCUGAAUCUGAAGGAAAGGACAUGAAAUUGUUACUCAUGCUGGUGUAGUGUGGC